CUGAGGCAGAGGCCGCAAACUCUUCACUCUCUUCUGAUUUUGAGUUACUUCUUAUUCUUCAAUUCUGUGAAGAAGAUGAGAGUUUCUACAAUGGCUCUUAUUUGUAGAAGAUUUGCUGCAAAGAAGAGAGGUACUUUCACUCAGUCGCUCUCUCUUUUCUCUUCAUCUUUUCAUGAUCUCAGCCAUAAUAAUAAUAGGCCCUUUUCUCCAACGCCCAGAAUAGAUUUCAGUUGUAUUCAUGGAGUAGAUGAUGCUGUUUUCUUGUUUCGUGAAAUGCUCAGAAUGCGCCCGCAGCCUUGUGUUGUUGAGUUUAACAAACUAUUGACUUCUAUUGUCAAGAUGAAAAAAUACUCUGUUACCCUUAAUGUAUUCGACGAAAUGCGUCAAUCGGGUGCUUCUGUAGAUGAGUAUACAUUGAAUAUCGUGAUUAAUUGCUAUUGCCUUCUCAAUCGAGUAGACUUUGGAUUUGCUAUCUUGGGCAGCUUCUUCAAGCGCGGUUACGAGCCAAACAUCAUUACUUUCAACACACUCAUAAAAGGGCUCUUUUUAGAUGAUAAGGUCAUUGAGGCAGAAAAAUUAUUCAUAAAGUUGUUGGCUCUGGGACUCUGUGAGCCUAAUGAAGCUACGAUUCUUACUAUGGUAAAUGGGCUAUGCAAAGCUGGACACACUCUCACUGCCUAUGAUUUGCUUAGGUUAUUGGAGAAGACAAGCUUCAAGCCUGAUGUUCAAACUUAUAACACAGUAAUUAAUAGUUUGUGCAAGGAUCGUAUGGUUGAUGAUGCGCUCCAGCUCCUAGCCACAAUGAUUGACAAGGGUAUUGCACCUAACAUUGUAACGUACAAUUCAAUGCUUCAAGGCUUGUGCAAUUUCGGUAGAUGGAAAGAUGUGAAAGACUUAAUUAUUGAAAUGGCGGAUCACAAGAUAUCUCUAAAUGUAUUUACUUUUAAUAUAUUGGUGGAUGCAUUGUGCAAGGAUGGAAUGGUCAAAGAGGCUAAGGAUGUUUUUGAAAUUAUGAUGCAAAAAAACGUUCCUCCUAAUUCUGUCACAUGUAAUGCGAUGAUAGAUGGAUAUAGCUUGGUUGGGCAAAUUGAUAAAGCAAGAAAACUACUUGACUCCAUGUCAGGUAGGGGCUUGAAGCCUUCUAUCAUCAACUAUGGUCGCUUGAUCAAUGGAUAUUGCAAGAAUGAAAAGGUAGAGGAAGCUUGGCGGCUUUUCCUUGAAGUUCCUCAGAAAGGAUUAGAUCAUAACGUAGUUACCUAUAACAUCAUGCUACAUGGAUUAUUUGGUGCAGGUAGAUUUGCUGAAGGAUUGAAGCUUUUCAAAGAUAUGCAAGCUCAACAAGUCAUUCCUAAUUUAGUGACUUACAAUACCUUGUUGAAUGGCUUGUGCAUGAGCAAGCAGUUUGCUGAUGCAUUUUCAAUUCUACACGUAAUGGAAGACCAAGGUGUUAAUCCUAAUAUAGUCACAUACAGCGUACUCAUCCAUGGAUUAUGCAAGGAUGGAAAACUUGAGACUGCGAGAAAUCUCUUCAAUGGUCUUCCCUCAAAAGGGUUGCAACCAAAUGUGCAAAUAUAUACAAUCAUUAUUCGUUCACUUUGUCAAGAAGGACUUGUAGACGAGGCAAAAUUUCUUCUUAGAGAAAUGGAAAAAAGUGGUUGUGCACCCAGUAGUUUGAUAUACGAAGUUAUAAUCAAAGGGUUGCUUACAAGGAAUGAGCUUUCUGAGGCAAAGACAUUCUUGGAUGAAAUGUGUAUACGAGGACUCUCUACUUAAUUCUACUGAAGCAACCAAUAUCAAUCUUGGUGCUGUUGCUCGUUAGAAAGAGUUGCAUCUCAUUGCUUGUUAUAUUAUUUUUUUUGCCCUAUGCAAGUGUAUUUAAUUAAAACGACACACUUUCUGGAUCUCAAAUUGCUUAUAUUCAUUAUGUAGCAUUACAAUUUUUUUUUU